AUGGCUAGAAUGUCUUUGGACCACGCUGCUGGUGGAUCCAUACACAUGAGAAAGACCAUUGAAGAAGCUCAAGAGCUUAUUGAAUCUAACCCUUCAAAGCAAGAUAGCCCACUGACUCAGCAACUACACGACCUUGCCCAGCAGAUACUGGAACUGCAAGAGUCAUUGCGAGAAACUCAGGAUUCUAACAGAAAUAUAGAAGCCCAGUUGAGUCAGACAAGGCAGCAGUUAUCUAAGCAGAUAAAAGAUGAAUACCAGGCUAUCCAACUAAGAAGUGGGAAAUCCUUGAACACCCAACCUCAGUACAAUAAGAAAGAAAAUCCCAUAGAGGAGAACCAGCCUUCAUCAACCAAGAUUGAUGAUUACAUGGCUAAGAUGUCAUUUCCUCAAAAACUCUGUCAAGAGGAAAAGGAUAAACAGUUUGCCCGCUUUGCAGAAUAUCUCAGAACUUUAGAGGUCAAGAUUCCUUUUGCAGAGGCUCUUAAACAGAUACCUUCUUAUGCAAAGUUCAUGAAGGACAUCUUAAGUGAUGCUUGUAGAAGGACAGCCCUAUGUGACCUUGGAGCAAGCAUCAACCUAAUACCUUCUUCAUUAAUAGAGAAGCUUUGUUUGACUGAGAAAGUCAAACCAACCUGCAUAUGCCUUCAACUUACUGAUGGUUCCAUUAAAAUUCCAUCAGGGGUAAUUGAAGACAUGAUUGUCAAGGUUGGACCCUUUGUCUUUCCCACCAACUUUGUGGUAUUGGACAUGAAAGUGCACAAGAGUGCAUCCCUUAUCCUAGGAAGACCUUUCCUAGUUACAGGACAGACCCUCAAUGAUGUUGAAAGAGAGAAAGUAACCUUAAGAGUCAAUGAGGAAAAGUUUGUACUGAAUGCUAUCAAAGCUAUGCAGCAUCUAGACAUUCCUGAGGAAUGCAUGAGCAUUGACCUCAUUAAUUCCCUGGUGGAAGAGGUCAACAUGGCCGGGAGCCUAAAGGAAGGGCUAAAUGAGAUCCUUGAUGAUACUCAGCAUGAUUCAGAGGAACUUCUGGAGAGCUCUGAAGAAAAGGAUAAGCCUCCAAAGCUUGAGCUUAAGCCAUUACCAUCAUCCCUGAAAUAUGCAUUUUUGGGAGAUAGAGACAACUAUCCUGUGAUUAUAAGCUCUGCUUUAGAGCCAUAG